AUGGCAGCUAUAGAAACACCAGUAACAAUAACAGAACCUAUAGUAACAGAGAAAAAUAAAUUUGCUGAGGAAUUUUCCGUUACAGAAGCUGUUGCGGUCAAACAGUUAAAGGAUGCUUUACCAGAGAUACUAAAAGAGGCCUUGGGCACUGAAGAUGCUUAUAUCCUUUGGGGUGUUCCCUUAGACAAGAGCUCAGAUGAUGCACGCAUAGAUGUUAUACUGAUAAAGUUUUUAAGGGCUAGAAAUAUGGAAAUCCCUGCCGCUAAAGAAAUGCUUAUCAACACUUUAAAAUGGAGAAAAGAGUAUAAAACAGAUGGAAUUUUGGAUGAAGAGUUCGAUACAAAUGUAUUUAGUGAUAAUGUGGGAUUUAUUCACGGCAAAGAUAAGGAAGGAAGACCCGUCACUUACAACUUUUAUGGUGGAAUUGACCAAGAUAUAGUAUUUGGGGAUAUCGAUAAAUUUAUUCGUUGGAGAGUUCAAUUAAUGGAAAGAGGCGUGCAAGCCAUUGAUUUUGUCCAUACAGAUGCCAUGAUACAAGUACAUGACUACAAAGGUGCUUCUGUAUUUGGACGCACCCAAAAUACAAAAGAAGCUACGAAUCGUCUUAUCAAGUUAAUGCAAGACAAUUAUCCAGAAUUUCUUGCCAGUAAAUUAUUUGUGAACGUACCAAGAUGGGGAAGCAUGAUCUUCAAGUUAUUGACCCCUCUACUUUCUCCCGCAACAUUGAGCAAAUUCAACGUUUCUUCAAGCUCUGAAGUAAAGCAAACGCUGCUGACUUUUAUAGACCAAGACCAGCUACCACCCAUUUAUGCAAAAGAUCUGUGA